ACGUAACUCUGCGGCAUCACAAUGGUCUUAUUAACCCGGGGCGGAGCGUGGAAAAGCGCAUUCAGGGCGCAGGCGGUCCCGGGACUCGGAGAGGAGCCGAUCACGGCGAGAGGGAGCAGCGGCUGCUUUGAGCACAGAUCCCGUGGUUAGAAGAUGACGCACCAGGCUCCGGCACUGACUCCUGAGCAGAAGAAGGAGUUGAAUGAAAUCGCCCUGCAGAUUAUCUCACCUGGAAAGGGCAUCCUGGCCGCCGAUGAGUCUGUGGGGAGCAUGGCCAAGCGCCUGACCCAGAUCGGCGUGGAGAAUACCGAGGAGAACCGCCGCUUCUACCGGCAGAUCCUGAUGACAGCCGACGACCGGGUCAAAACCUUCAUCGGGGGAGUCAUCUUCUUCCACGAGACCCUGUACCAGGCCACUGAUGACGGGACCCCCUUUAUAAACAUUAUCAAAGAGAGGAACAUUGUGGCAGGGAUCAAGGUCGAUAAAGGAGUUGUUCCCUUGGCUGGAACCAAUGGAGAGUCCACCACUCAAGGCUUGGAUGGAUUAGCAGAGCGCUGUGCUCAGUACAAAAAGGAUGGAGCAGACUUUGCAAAGUGGCGUUGUGUACUGAAAAUUAGUGCAACAACCCCGUCUGCACUUGCAAUCUUGGAGAACGCCAAUGUCCUGGCCCGAUACGCCAGCAUCUGCCAGCAGAAUGGCAUUGUUCCCAUUGUGGAGCCUGAGAUUCUACCAGACGGCGAGCAUGAUCUGAAGAAAUGCCAGUACGUCACAGAAAAGGUGUUGGGGGCUGUUUAUAAAGCACUAAGUGAUCACCAUAUUUACCUGGAAGGUACUUUGCUGAAGCCCAACAUGGUGACUCCUGGCCAUUCUUGCCCUACCAAAUACAGCCCCGAGGAGAUUGCCACUGCAACAGUUACUGCACUGAGGCGCACUGUCCCACCUGCUGUUCCAGGAGUCACAUUCUUAUCUGGAGGGCAGAGUGAGGAGGAGGCCACCGUCAACCUCAAUGCUAUCAAUAAGUGUCCACUGUCAAAACCAUGGGCACUCACCUUCUCCUUUGGCCGAGCCCUGCAGGCCUCUGCGCUGAAUGCCUGGGGAGGCGAGAAAGACAACAUGCAGGCCGCACAGGAUGUGUUCAUGAAGCGUGCUGAGGUUAACAGCUUGGCCUCCCUUGGGAAGUACGAGCCAAGCAUUGAGCCAAGCACUGAGGGUGAGGGUGGAGGUGAAGGUGAGGGUGAAGAUGCAGCCAACCAGUCUCUCUACAUAGAAGAUCAUGCUUACUGAACGGAAACCACAGGAAAGUACUAGUAAUAAAAUCAAUGAAAAAAAAAUCUCCAAUCGGCUUCUCGUAAUCAGCUGACCCACAGCCUCUGCUGCCUUGUACCUCGUGUUCUCACUGCCUGCGUUGUUUAACUGUGUAGCUGUGACUUAAGUUUAAGAGUACGGGCAACACUAUACCCCCCUCCCUCCAGUCCCAAAAAUCAAUUGCCCAAGUUAAUUUUGUUUCACUUUAUGAUACUCUCUACCAGAUGUCUUGCGACCUGUCGAUAUCAAUGGACAUUGGAUGUUCAGCACCCUCAAAUAUCAUGCCGUGUUUUCUUGCUUCCCUGAAAGAUUGAAACGUAAUCGUAAUGUUGCCUGCCUUGCCUCUUGCCUCUUAAUCACCCAGGCUUGUGAUGAACAAGUAAUCUUUCCGAUAACCACUUGUAGAUCAGAUAGUCACCGCAGAUUGCUGUGUGAUAAUGUGAAUAUGUUACUAUAGCUUGUCAAGUGAGAUCACAACAGAAGAGGUGGCUGCACACUUGAAUAUAGAGGAGUAAUCAUUACUAAUAGAUAUAUACACACACCACAAGCUGAAACUGGUUGCAGACAGUGCUCAUUGUGUUCUCUCCCUGCACAGGGAAACAGGGGAUGCACUGUUCGUAUAUUCUUUUGUACGCAGGGUGACAGUGGAUGCAAUUACAUGGGAGCGCUGAGUAUUGUGUUUAAAAGUAUUUUGUGAUAUAUAACUGUACUGACUCUACAUCUACCAGUAGUUACAAUAAACAAAGGGAACAAACCCUAGUAUUAUUGUCUAUA